AGUGAAACUAUUCAAAAAAUAACUGUUUAUAUAGCAACGGCGGGACCACUAGUGUUACAGCUAGCCUGAGUUGUGAUCGCCAAGUUUGGCGUGCGAGGCAGAGAUGGAGACCGGCCGCUGGGACCAGAGCCGGACUGUGGUUGUGUCCGGUGUGCCCGAGGUGUUGGACGUUUGCAGGAUGAUUGAUAAGCUGACUAUUCAUUUCCAAAGCCGCAGGAGAAGUGACGGAGGAGACGUCGAGGCGGUCACGUAUCCCACUAACAUUAAGGGAGUCGCAUUUAUCGCCUUUGACAAAGCAGAAGAUGCAGACAGAGUGGUGCAAAAGGAGCAGCAGAUAAUGACAGACAGCAAGUUUCCUGAAGACUAUCUUCUCACUGUGUUCCCCUUCACCAGAGAUGUGUUUUUGUAUGUCGUCAGCGCUACGGUCGAUCUCUUUGUGUUCCGGAGUGACCUGGAGUCCCUGAUUCAGAGUCUGCGGUCUGCCCACAGAUCACUGCGUUUCCAGCUUUUGUUCCGCCAGAGGAAAGCCACCAUUGAGGGGCCAUUUGCUGCCAUCAAGGCCCUGAGGGAGGACCUCAUGCACAGAGCCAACCAGCUUAAAUCUACAGUCCCGACUGCUGCCAUCAAACUCAGAGAAUCUCCUCUUAAUCCGAGGGUAAUAUCUCAUCAUGGGUUUGUAGGCUCUGGAAGCUGCAGUUUGUCAUCGCUGCUGCGGAGCACAGAUGAGGCAACUGAAGUUCAAAGCCUGCUCUCAAAUGCAAAAACACAAAACUCUGCUAGGCAAAAAGUAGGGAGCUUUAUUUCUACAGACAGUGAUAAAGAGGAGCUGAGAGCUCAGCUCAAAGUGCCUUCAGUAAAGGCCAGCCCCAGAACAGUGCUCUGGGAGAUCAGUGCAGGGAUUAGACCAUCCUUAUCAGACCCGGACCUGCUUCCUGCAGAGAAAAUAGCAUCAUCACAGCCUGAAGUAGACGAUAUUUCACAAGACACGAUUUCAGCAACAAAGACCUGGGCAGGGAAUCAUCUGGGCUCUCGCUACAGCAGCAGUGACAAUCUGACGGAGUCGCAUCACAGCAGCUCCACGAAGUUCCUUAAUACCAGACUAAAAGAUGACUUGAUGUCCUCUGAGUGUGAUGCUGAGUAUACAGAAGACCUGUCUGCAGACUGUUCAGCCAAUCCAGACAGUACGUGCAGCUUGAUCGACUCAUACAUAUUCAGAUACAUUGAAAAGUUUGACAAGAAAGAACUUGACAGAUGCUUGAGAGGUCUCGACGUGUCUGUUGAGUGUGUUGAAGGAUCCGACCUCAUACGAAUAUGUUUCCCUGACAGUCAGUCAUCCCAGGCGGCCUCGAGGAUCCAGCAGGCCCUGGAAAACUUGAAGACUCUGGAAGAUCAUUGGCUGUCGAUCUUAAGAGUCCAUCAGAUCUGUUAUAACGAGGAUGAGCAGCCUCGGAAACAGAAACUGGUUAAGAUCUGCAAAGAUCUUAACCAGAACAUUGUGUUUGAUGAUGUUCUUUACAUGUUUGAGGACUCUUGCAUAAAAAUCAUUGGCCCGUCAGUAUCUAGUCACCUGUUCUGUAAGAGAGUGGAGGAUAGGUUAAAGGAUAAAAAAUAAUCAAAUGUACUUCCAUCAGUGAGCACAGGGUGGUGCAGUUGUGCUGCAUGUGGUCUUCAUCACACCAGCACAGUAUCUGAAAUUUAUUUUAUGUUUCAUUUUAUUACAGAAAUAAGCAAUAGUGCAUCUAUUACAUAUCUGUCUCAGAAAACUAUAAACAGGUUCUGCACUCAAAUUCCAAACAUCCUCCAGUGCUUUUGCUUUGUCAUUGUGGUGAAGCUUUGCUUUUUUAUGCAUGCAUUGAUAAUUAGGCCUCUAAACAGCAGGUCUAAAUCCAACCAAUGUUCUCACAGCAGUAGGGAUAAGUCUUAAUUAACCUCCUCACAUCUUAAUUACAAAAGAUAGGCUUCUAAUUAAAAAUGACAGAUGCCAGCCUGUCUCACAUAUUUCUGUUCUCGUCUUGUUGAUCACAUUGUUUGUCAUUACAUGAGUUUUAAUUUUAUUGCAUUACAUAUUUCGCUCUGAUGUUGAAGCAUGUUAAAUGGCAAUAAAUCUUUGUGGUUGUGUUUUUAAAUGUUAGAAUGUAAGUCCUAGUUGUGCUGUAAUUACAAUCACCCACCAACAGUGGACAGUAGGGGGCAGUGUGACGCUUUCUCCCAGGUGGUGAACUGGUUAAAGUAAAAAUAGAGGCAGUGUA